AUGAUGGCGUACGAUUAUCCUUACCCAGUAUCCAGGACUCAUCAGUACAAAAAGAUUACGAAGCCAAUGUUGGAGCGAAAAAGGCGCGCACGGAUUAAUCGAUGUUUGGAAGAAUUGAAAGAUCUUAUGGUUGAUGCUUUAGAGACUGAAGGAGAAAAUAUAAGUAAAUUGGAAAAAGCAGACAUUCUUGAGCUUACUGUGCAGUACCUCCAGCGGCUCCAAGCUUCCAGAGCAUCAGGAACAUCAACACCCUCCGAAGAAACAUUAGCAGAGAGUCGCUGGCAAUCAGGUUUCGGACAAUGUGCCGCCGAGGCAUGCAAAUAUCUCGCCUCACUUCCAGGAGAGUCUGGUGAAAAACUGGCUCGUCAUUUGGCCUCAGGACUCCAGUCAAAACGGAAAAUUGGUACUUCCAUCUUGCAAGCGCCAGACUCGACUCUUCCGAUUGUCAACCAAGAUGUUAUUAAUUGUAAAGUUGAUCCGCAGUCUUCGUGGGAAUCUUCGUCAACAUCAUCGGUGACUUCGAUUGCUCCUAGACACACUUCUUCACCAGUUAACUCAUUACCCGAAAACAGUGACGAACUUAAUAAUAAUACUAAUACUAAUAUUAAUAAUAACAAUAACAAUAGCAAUAAUAAUAAUGAUAAUUUUAUAAAAAAAGAUAAAUUACCAAUAAGUUCUCAGCCAUCAGUUGAAAAAGAACACUCACAAACAUCAGAAUUAGUAAUUGACAAUACAAAUCGUGAUAUUUUAUUAAAUAAGACUGUGAUUGUAAAAAAAAUUAAUACCGAUGAUGAGGAAGAUGAUGAAGAGAUUGAAAUAGAUGUCGAGAAAAUCGAUGACACGGAUAACAUGUGGAGGCCUUGGUAA